UACUUUUGCAUCACACGGUUGACAUUUGAAAACGCUUAGACACGCCAAGACUUUGAAGACCAUUUGAAGAACUUGCAGCAUUCCUUCAAGUAGGCAAAGCAAACUCGACAGUGCAGUAAUCACCCGAAAGAGUCUGCCCUACGCACUCCAGUGCAGUCCAGCCAUGGAUGAAGGCAAAGCACUGAAAAUCCGGCUGACUUUCUCUGUUAUUUUGGUUGGCAUCUCCUUAAUGUUUGCAGCUGUGGUGACUGAUCACUGGGCAGUGCUGAGCCAUAGAGUGGAGCAUUACAAUUCCACCUGUGAGGCUGCUCACUUCGGGCUAUGGCGGCUCUGCACCAAACAGUUUUACAUCCAAGACAAAGCUACCAAAGAGAGGAGCUGUGGGGUGAUAACUCUGACAGGAGACCGUAACUGUUCCUACUUCAAACACUUCUCUCCAGGACAGAGCACAGAGAUAUUUGAAAGAACCACCCAAAAAGAGUACAGCAUUUCAGCUGCAGCCAUUGCCAUCUUCAGUGUGGGCUUUGCGAUCAUUGGAACAAUCUGCAUCCUCUUAUCCUUUAGGAAAAAGAUGGAUUAUCUCCUGAAGCCAGCGUCGAUGUUCUACACCUUUGCAGGCCUGUGCAUGAUCAUCUCUGUUGAAGUCAUGAGACAGUCUGUGAAAAGGAUGAUUGACAGCAAGGAGACUAUCUGGAUAGAAUACUAUUAUUCAUGGUCUUUUGCCUGUGCCUGCGCCUCCUUCGUCCUGCUCUUCAUCUGUGGGAUCGCUCUUCUGCUAAUCUCCUUGCCUCCCUUCCCACAGAAUCCGUGGGAGUCUUGUAUGGACGCAGAACCAGAGCACUAAAUGCCUUCAUCUAGGCUCACUGCUUACGCCAUACCGGAAAGUGCUAUAAAAGAAUUGAUACAUUUUUUUUUUAAGUGUCAGGAUGGUGGAAUAUGAAGACAAAAGCGUCCUUAGUUAAAACCAGGUUAUUGAACCAAAGGGAAGUUCAGUACUAAUUGUUGUUUGUUGGGUAGUUUGUUUUUUAAAAAGCAUGAAGAUCAGCAACUUGGGUUACCCAAUUUGUACCCUCAAUCCGCCGAAUGCUGGGAGAAGUCAUUGGCAAUUUAGGAGUGCAGUCUGCAAAUGCAGCUGAGGGAAAGUGAGAGAGCACGAGAUGGUUUAAUGAGAAGGUGCAUAUUCUAGUGGUUAAAGCACAGGACUGGAGUUGGGAAAUCUAGGUCGCAUUACUGGCUUGGCCACAGACUCACUCUGGGACUUACAGCUUCUCUGUGAGUCAGUUUCCCCAUCUGUACAAUGAGAAUAUUGCUUCCCUAGCUCACCGGGGUGCUGUGGGGCUGAUGUUUGUACAUAAUUUGGAGAUCCUCCCAUUGGAAGUGCUGUAUCAUUAGUAGUAUUACAAUAAAAGAGGUUUAAGGAUAAAAUCAACAUUACAAAUGUACCCCCGAAAGCUCUACAAAUUAUUUUGUUCUGCCGAUCUAAGCACUUGUCAUAAUUAAAAGUCCUAUGAGGAGUCUGGUGACACCUUAAAGACUAACAGAUUUA